AUGCCAUUCAAGUUUGAAAUAAAAUCUUGUUGAGGAUUAUGUUGAUGCUUUCUCAGAACAUCCCGUUGCCGAUGCUGGAGGCAUGCAUACCUUUCUUUUAAAGGUAUGAAGGUGGGGAUGGAGAUAAAUUCUCAUUUUUCCUCUUUAGUUAGCCUCUAUUUCAGUACUCAAUACCCUUAAUUAUAUCUGUGUAUCUCUCUGUGUUCGAUGCUAGAAACUCCAGUAAUUUUGUAGGUUUUAUUAAUAAAAGAUACCAUCUCGUACGAUUUACCCAAAAAAUCUGGAUAAAUCUGUACUUCAAUUCAACCUUGUUCUUAAGUUGCAAGCACCAAAAGGAGAAUAAUAGUUAACCCAAGGGAUUGCAGCAGCUGCAUCAGAAAUGAAGAUCUUCUCCUGUGAUACGCAAACAAUUUGCUUUAGUUUUACAAUUUCAUUAGUAGGUACCAGCUUGAUCAAGAUCUUCCCUCGUUGUUGCUAUGAGUUUCUAUUCACAACAAGAAAGCUGUCCUCUGAAACCAGUUGCUAUGGGUUUUGUUAUAUACGCUUGAUGAGCUUCAAGGAUCUGGAGAUGGGUUUUAUGUCGUGGUUGGAGGGUUGACCCCAACUCCUCUUGGAGAAGGCAAGUCUACUCCUACUGUUGGGCUGUGUCAAGCUUUGGGUGAACUUCUGGAUAAAAAGGUUGUUACCUGCCCUCGCCAACCAUCGCAAGGACCAACCUUUGGAAUUAAAGGGGGUGCAGCUGGUGGUGGUUACAGUCAGGUGAUCCCAAUGGAUGAGUUCAGCCUUUAUCUUACAGGUGAUAUCCAUGCAAAUAACUGCUGCAAGUAAUCUUCUAGCUGCUGCCAUUGAUACUCAAUUUUCCAUGAGUCCAGUCAGUCAGAUAAGGCUCUGUUUAAUCGGUUGGGCCCACCAAAUAAAGAAGGAAAGCGAAGCUUUAGUGAUAUCAUGUUCAGACGUUUGAAGAAGCUUGGUAUUUCCAAAACCAAGCCUGAUCGAGGAACUUACACGUGAAGAAGUUAAAAGAUUUGCUAGGCUUGACAUUGACCCAAAUUCUAUCACAUGGAGAAGAGUGAUUGACGUGAAUGAUCGAUUUUUGAGGGAGAUUACCAUUGGCCAGGGGCCAGAAGAAAAAGGGAUGGUUAGGGAAACGGGAUUUGAUAUUUCUGUUGCCAGUGAGAUAAUGGCAGUUUUAGCCCUGACAUCACCUCUAUCUGAUAUGAGAGAGAGGCUUGGGAAAAUGGUGAUUGGAAAUAGCAAGGCUGGUGAACCUAUAACUGCUAAUGAUCUUGGUGUUGGAGGUGCUCUAACAGUGCUUAUGAAAGAUGCUAUUAACCCUACCUUGAUGCAGACCCUUGAAGGGACCCUGUUCUUGUUCAUGCGGGUCCUUUUGCAAAUAUUGCCCAUGGUAAUUCUUCUAUCGUGGCUGAUAAGCUGCAUUGAAAUUGGUUGGACCAGGUGGGUUUGUGGUCACUCAAUCAGGUUUUGGUGCUGAUAUUGGAACUGACAAGUUCAUGAAUAUCAAGUGUCGAUAUAGUGGUCUAACACCUCAACGUGCUGUUAUUGUGGCAACAAUAAGGGCCUUGAAGUUGCAUGGUGGUGGGCCAAGGUUGUUGCUGGAAAGCCCCUUGACCAUGCUUACUUGAAUGAGAAUGUAUCAUUGGUUGAAGCUGGUUGUGUGAAUCUGGCCAGGCACAUUGCUAACACAAAGGCUUAUGGAGUAAAUGUUGUUGUUGCUCUGAACAUGUUCUCCACUGAUACACGGGCAGAACUGGUUGCUGUUAGAAAUGUGGCAUUGGCUGCUGGAGCAUUUAAUACUGUAGUCUGUGCUCACCAUGCUCAUGGUGGAAAGGGAGUGGUUAGUCUUUUCUUCCACACUCAAUAUGUUUAUUCUUUUUAGUUCUCUUGAAACCAAGUUACUUGAAGCAAAAUAGCACUGUUGCAAUCAGAACUGUGUGUGUGUGUGUGUGUUUAUUUUCUUUUUCUUUUUCUAAUGAAAAAAUAGAGAAUUUAAUGUUUCCAGUCCAUAUGUGGCAUCAGUUCUGGGAACUUAUUUUAUCUCAAUCUUCUGCUUGCCUGACCAUAACAUUUGAUUUGAGAAGCCCCUUUCCUUUUCAAAGAGUAACUGAUGUUCCCUUUUCCCCUUUUCAAAGCCAUAGUUUUCUAAUGGUACUAUCUGUAGCUGAACAAUCAACUGAGAUCUGUGCCCUAGUUUUCCUUGAACCCUGUAUUUCUUCUUUAAAUCCUCCUUGCACUUUAUUAUUUUUCUAAUUAAUGCUUCUUUGAAAAUAACUAUGCUAUAAAAUUUUAUAUCUUCUGCUGCUUGAGUUAUAUAUUGUAAAAUAAGCUGUACAUUGUCUAGAACAUGAAUCAGUCCUGUCUAGUUUAUUCAAGUUGUUGAACUUGAAAGAUCCAUGCCUUUCUAGUGGCAGACUGGUUGUAGUCUUAUUUGAGUUCAGGUUGUUCUGCACUUUUAUG